ACGAACAAUAAAGCUAACAGCGGAAACGGCCAUAGUAACACCAGAAAUGCGCUCAUAAUAAGACGAUUUAUAUUUGUGCUCCUCCGGGCAGGACCUAGUAUUAAAACAAACCACCGAGACGAUGGCUUCCGAAGUUUUCUCGUACGAGAGCCUCGUUCAUGCUGUAGCGGGAGCCGUGGGAAGUGUGGCUUCAAUGACACUAUUUUUCCCCCUUGAUACUACCAGGCUGCGACUUCAGGUGGAUGAAAACAGGAAAGCCAAAUCAACUCUAGCUAUUCUGAAAGACAUAGUCAGAGAAGAAGGCUUGCUAGCCCCCUAUAGAGGCUGGUUCCCUGUCAUCUGCAGCCUGUGUUGCUCCAACUUUGUCUACUUCUACUGCUAUCACUGCCUCAAAGCAAGCCUGCUGAAGGGAAGGCCUUCAACGUCCAGCACUGACCUGAUCACAGGCAUCGCUGCAGGCGUAGUAAAUGUACUGGUCACUACCCCACUGUGGGUGGUGAAUACCAGGCUCAAGCUUCAGGGUUCCAAGUUUCGCAACACAGACAUAAGACCCACCAACUACUCUGGGAUUCUGGAUGCAUUUGCACAAAUCAUCCAAGAGGAAGGCGUUGGAGCACUGUGGAAUGGCACCUUCCCUUCUUUGCUGCUUGUGUUGAACCCCGCCAUCCAAUUCAUGAUUUAUGAAACUCUGAAGAGGUGGCUCAGAAGAGAGGUUUCCAGGGAGCUUUUAUCCCUGGAGGUUUUUGUAAUCGGGGCUAUUGCCAAAGCUGUUUCCACUACUGUAACAUAUCCACUUCAAACUGUACAGUCCAUUCUGAGGUUUGGUCAGUGCAGAACACCCACAGAAAAAUCCAAACUAUUGUCCAGUUUGAGGACCAUCAAGACUCUUUUGGUCAAUAAAGCAAGGAAGCAUGGCAUUCUGGGCAUAUUUAAAGGCUUGGAAGCCAAACUUCUGCAGACCGUGUUGACUGCUGCUCUCAUGUUUCUUCUCUACGAGAAAAUCGUCAGCUUCACCUUCAGAGUCAUGGGACUCGGCAACAGCCAUCUCAAGAAACGCUAGUCGUCGGGACACCCAGUAAUCCUGGACACUCGACCACUUAAGGAAAACUGUGAUGAAUGUUUUAAAUCUACUUAAAAUUCCUGUGAUCGAAAUUCAAAUCCUGUGGUCCUAAUAGUAAAAAAAACUGUUGUUUUUUUUAAGUGAGUUUGUUCUUUAAUGCUUGAGUUGAUUUGUAAUUUUUUAACAAAAAGGUGAAAAAAACAUGAUUACACAAAAAAUGUUGAAUACUUUCUUCUUUUUAUACCUGUUGCAGCAUCAGUGAUCUUCUUACAGGCCUUUAUCGUACACGUGCUAUCAUUAGUUGCUUAAAACUUAUAAAAACACUUUCCUGUCUUAGUUUAUCUUAAAUUUAAAGGAAAUUGCUGUGUUAGCUACUGACUAACCCAGCAAACAUUGAUUUGAGCAUAAAAUUUACCAACAUGGGGGAUGAGAUGGUGUUUUGUUACAAUAAAGCAUAAGUAAAAUAAAUUAUUUAGUCACAAAUGUUCAAAUAUUGAAUAUUAAAAGUGUUCCAAUAAAGAUUAAAAGCAAUGAAA